CAAAUUUGAAGAUUUUGGGUCAAAAAUUGAAGAUUUUGGGUCAAAUUUGGCCGAUUUUGACGCGAAUUUCGCCGAUUUUGGCCGUUCCCGACCGGAUUUUUUCGGGAAUUUUCCCCGAAAUUCCCGGAAUUCCCGAAAUUCCCAGGUGGAUUUUGAUGAUUUCGAGGCAAAAUUUGAAGAUUUUGGGUCAAAAUUUGAAGAUUUUGGGUCAAAAAUUGAAGAUUUUGGGUCAAAUUUGGCCGAUUUUGGCCGUUCCCGGCCGGAUUUUUUCGGGAAUUUUUCCCGAAAUUCCCAAAAUUCCCGGAAUUCCCGCGGAAUUUUGCCUUUUCCAGGGGCUGGUGAUGGUGGUGACGGGCGGAUCCGGGUUCCUGGGAUCUCACCUGGUCCAGGUGUUGUUGGAGGCGGAGCCGGAGCUUCGGGAGCUUCGAAUCCUCGACGUCAACCCCGAUCCCGAGAUCGUUCCGGAACGGCACCGCUCUCGAGUCCGUUUUUUCCACGGAGAUGUCGCCGAUUUUGGGGCUCUCGGCGCCGUUUUCGGGGGUGCCCGCGUGGUUUUCCACAGCGCCUCCCUGGUGGACGUUUGGGGGAACUGCAGCCCCGAGGCCAUCGCCAGGGUCAACGUCCUGGACCGGUCCAAACUGGUUUAA